AUGAUUGGUGGUGGAGGUGAUGGUGGCAGAAAUAGCGAGAAUAUUGGUGAUGAUGGUGUUAAUGAUAUCGGAAAUGGCGGCAAUGAUGGUAUUUGUGAUGAUGGAUGUAAUAUCGGUACCAUAUUUUAUUGUGGUGAGGGUCGAGAUGGAGGUGGUGGUGGCAGAAACAGGAGGAAUAUUGGUGGUAUGUUUAGUUGUAAUAAUAGUCGGAAUGGAGAUAAUGGUGGCCGAAAUGACAGAGAUGGUGGACAUGGUGGCAGAAAUUGCGGGGAUGGUGGUGAUGGAGGUAAUGAUUGUAAAGAUUAUGCAAAUAGUUUGAAAAGAAUUAAGUCGCAGAUGUUGUUGAGACUAUUAAAUAUAAGAUCUUUUUUAUCAAAAAGUGAUGCAGUACGUGAAAUAUUACUCGAAAGCUUGGAUUUUCUGGUGCUUGUUGAAACAUGGCACGGUUAUUCAGAUAAUGUUUCCAUAAAAUUGGCCAUGCCAUCUGGUUAUCAUUUUUUGGAUUUUCUGAGACCAUACGAUCCGUAUCAUGGUGGUUUAAUCAUAUUUUUUCGAUCAAAUUUCAAAUACAAGAAAAUUGACUUUCCAUGUUUUUCCACUUUCGAGGUUUUGGCUAUCAAAUUUUUUAUUAAUGGUAUAGAUUGGGUGUUAGUAUCUCUAUAUAGACCAGGUUCACAGCAGGUAAAGACGAUAUUUUUCCAGGAAUUGGUUUUCAUGAUGGAGCAUGUUUCAAUUUUGACUACGCGUAUUUUGUUAGCUGGUGAUUUUAAUAUACACGUUGAAAGAACUGAUGAUGCUCACACCAUUAGUUUGCUACUAGAGGUAUUUGAUAUGUUUCAAAUGGUAAAUAAUGUUAAUGGGUCGACGCAUGAUUUGGGGGGAACUCUUGAUUUAAUUGUAAGCUCACCAGGAUUUCCAGUUCAGGUUUGCAAGAUUUUUCCAAACGGUGUAUUUUCGGACCAUGGUUUGAUUCAUGCGACUAUGCCAGUGAUGAAAGCUGAUCCUGUGAGAACGAAAAAAUUAAUCAGAUCAUGGAAAGAAAUUGAUGAGAAAAAGCUUUAUGGCAUCAGUUUUCGAACUCCAUCUUGUUUCAGAUUUUGA